UCGAGCAAAUGCAGCAAACACACGCUUUCGCUCUUCAGUGAUGAAUGACAGCUCUCCAACAUCUGAGAACAUCAUGUUUCACCAGCUGACUGCAGAUACUCUGAAUGGCAGUUGUGAUUUGCCCACGUGUAACAAUAACACAGGUGAAGCGGCAUUGCAGCUGCCCACAUUUUCCAUGGCAGCAAAAGUGAGGGUGAUAAUUACCUUCACUCUUUGCGCAGUGUCAGCUGUGUGCAACCUCGGCGUGUUGUGGGCUGCCAGCACCAACAACAAGCGCAAGUCCCAUGUACGAAUUUUAAUCAUGAACCUCACCGUUGCCGACCUACUGGUGACUUUCAUCGUGAUGCCAGUGGAUGCAGCUUGGAACAUCACAGUUCAGUGGCUGGCGGGAGAUCUGGCUUGCAGAUUGUUAAUGUUUCUGAAGCUCGUGGCUAUGUACUCCUGUGCAUUUGUGACCGUGGUCAUAAGCCUAGACAGACAGUCGGCCAUUCUCAACCCUCUGGCCAUUAAUAAGGCUAAGAAGAAGAACAAAAUAAUGCUGAGCGUGGCCUGGGCGAUGAGUGUUGUUCUCUCCGUCCCUCAGAUGUUCCUGUUUCACAAUGUGACCAUCACGGUGCCAGCCAAUUUCACUCAGUGUACCACUCGAGGAAGCUUCGUCAAACACUGGCAGGAAACCAUCUACAAUAUGUUCACAUUCAUAUGCCUCUUUCUGAUUCCUCUGGCCAUCAUGAUCUGCUGCUACACAAGGAUUCUAGUGGAAAUCUCUCGAAGGAUGACCAAAGGAAACAUCUCUUCAAAGGAAGUCCACUUACGCCGUUCGCACAGCAACAUCCCCAAGGCCCGUAUGAGGACUUUAAAAAUGAGCAUAGUUAUCGUGACCUCCUUUAUAGUUUGCUGGACUCCGUACUACCUGCUGGGUCUCUGGUACUGGUUCCUUCCAGAGGAUUUAGAAGAGACCGUUUCUCACUCUCUGACUCACAUGCUGUUUAUUUUUGGACUGUUUAAUGCAAUCCUGGAUCCCAUCACUUACGGCCUCUUCACCAUCCACUUUCGCAAAGGACUGAAGCGCUACUGUCGCAGCGCGGUCGUGCUCACCGAGUCAGAGAAUAACUCCAUCAUCACGGGCUCAUUGAAAUGCUCACCAUCCCCAUUUCGCAUGAAAAGAGUGACCCAGUCGGGCACAGGAACUGACCCAAAGCAGAACACAAGCACGGUGGGUGAGGAAGAUAAGAAGGCAGCUGACGGUAAAACUAAAGAAUAGUGGGGAAAGAAAGCAUUCCAACAUUGACAGCAUCAGUUGAUUAGAGAUACGGAUGUGACAUGGCAGGUCUUGCACCAGCUGUCUAGAUGCUUACAAGUACAAUGAGACAAGAACACAAACCUGCCUGUUUGUCUGGACAUCGUGAGAAAGAUUGAGCCAGAGUGAGUCGAUGUGUUGAUUCGUUCACUAAUGAGCUGCCUAAAUUACUGAGUUAUAUUAAACACCCAUCUAUUUUCCUCAUUCAGGUGAUUAGGUUUUGCAAUCAUUCGCUCUUUGCUAACUAUGUCAGUCUUGUGUGUGUUUUUUUUUCCCCUAUCGAAAUUAAUUGGAUGGUUGCGACUCAUGGCUUUUGUGGAAAAAGUGAUUUACAUCAAGAGUUUUUACUUCUUUUAUCAGUUCAACAUCUACACCUGCAAUCAAAGGGCAAUGC